AUGGAAAAUCCCAAUGACCUACCGCCAUCGCGUGAGCGAGUUGUGCCGGGUUCCUGCAACAUCGAACCCGGCCAAUUCCCCAAGACCAUGUCGGAGUCUGAGUCGGAUGGUCCCUUAGACCCGAACGCUAUUGCGGACAAAAUCAUCAACCAGCUAAACCAGAGUCUCUCAGCCAAAGACAAGGCAGCAGUUGCAUCACUGUUCCUCGAUAACUGCUAUUGGCGCGACCACUUGUGCUAUUCGUGGGACUUCCGCACCCUCGAGGGGAGUCAAGCCAUUGCUGCCUUUGUCACCGAGGCACCACCCAGCAAAAUUGAAAUCGACCGAUCGUCUGACCUCAAAUCCCCACACAAGGCUCCUAUUGAUUCCUUUGGCGAUGUUUUUGGAAUCGAAUUUUACCUCAAGCUCACCACCGAGAAUGGACGGGGAAAUGGUAUUAUGCGAUUGGCUGAACAUGAUGGCAAGUGGUACAUUUUUACCGUAUUCACUUCCAUGGUUGAGUUAAAGGGCCACGAGGAGAACAGGGAGAGGCCGUUUGGUGUCCGCCACGGCGAGCAGCAAGGUCGGAAGAACUGGAAAGAUCGGCGUAUUGAUGAUAUCAACUUCGAGGGAAAGGACCCGGCAGUAUUGAUCGUUGGUGCUGGCCAAGCUGGCUUGACUGCCGCAGCGCGUCUCAAGAUGCUUGAGGUCGACACCCUCGUCGUCGACCGAGAAGAGAGAAUCGGAGAUAACUGGCGUCAGCGAUACCACCAGCUUGUUCUCCACGACCCAGUGUGGUACGACCACAUGCCCUACUUACCUUUCCCAACCGACUGGCCCAUCUAUACACCAAAAGAUAAGCUGGCUGAUUUCUUCGAAACCUAUGUGAAGUUCCGAGAGCUCAAUGUUUGGACCCAAACAGAGAUCAAAUCGUCAUCCUGGGAUGAGAGCAAAAAGCAAUGGACAGUUGUUCUCGAGCGCAAGACAGACAACGGAACUGAGACGCGCACCUUGCACCCACGCCAUGUCAUCCAAGCUACCGGCCACUCCGGCAAGAAAUACAUGCCCGUUUUCGAAGGAAUGGAGGAUUUUAAGGGAGAUCGCAUGUGUCACAGCUCGGAGCAUCCUGGCGCAAACUCCGAGUCAAAGGGAAAAAGGGCCAUUGUCGUUGGAUCUUGUAACUCGGCAAACGAUAUCGCCCAGGACUUUGUCGAGAAAGGGUACGAUGUGACCAUGGUGCAGCGAAGCUCGACCUGUGUGGUAUCGUCUGACUCUACCUUGAAAAUUGCCUUCAAAGGACUCUAUGAUGCGACCGGUCCCCCAACCGAAGACGCCGAUCUUUAUUUGUUCAGCAUUCCGUCGCGUCUGUUCAAAGCGCAACAGGUCAAAGUCACCAAACUCACGAAUCAGAACGACGCAAAGACCAUUGAAGGUCUGGAAAAGGCAGGCUUCAAAGUUGACAAUGGACCAUCGGACAGCGGUCUCUUGAUGAAGUACUUCCAGCGCGGAGGCGGGUACUACAUUGACGUCGGUGGAAGCCAGCUUAUUAUCGAUGGGAAGAUCAAGGUGAAGCAUGGCCAGGAAAUUAGCCAAGUUCUUCCCCAUGGACUCCGCUUUGAGGAUGGCUCAGAGCUUGAAGCCGAUGAAAUCGUGUUCGCCACCGGAUAUCAGAAUAUGAGAACCGAGACUCGUGUGAUCUUUGGCGGCAAGGUCGCUGACAGGGUUGGUAAUAUCUGGGGACUUGAUAAAGAGGGUGAGAUGCAGACUAUCUGGCGGCGGAGUGGUCACCCUGGCUUCUGGUUUAUGGGUGGAAACCUCGCUCUUUGCAGAUAUUUCUCGCGUCUGCUGGCAUUGCAGAUCAAAGCGCUGGAAGAGGGGUUGACUACCUGGUAG